GUUGUAUUGUGCUGUUGCUCCCUGCUGCCCUUGCUGCCUACUGGGCUUCACCCGUAGCUAGACUGGUCUGUGAUUAUGGCAGCCUCUUCCUCGUCAACCGUCAACACCAAUCCCACUGAAAUAGGGGCUUUUAGAACUGAGAAUGUUCCCAUGCAGGUCAUCACUCUUCGCCUCACCAAGGCUAAUUAUUUCUCGUGGUCGCCUGCUAUGACCAUGGGGAUUGCUGGCCGUGGUCGCAUGGCCUAUAUUGAUGGGAGCAACCCUGAACCAGCAAGAACAAGUGAUGUGUGACAUACUUGGUUUCUUGAGGAUAAUCAAGUGAAAACUUGGAUUGUCAAUUCCGUUUCCGUCGAUAUUCAGCCCCUUAUCCUUCGGAAGAAGACUGCUAGAGACAUGUGGGUGGUCCUCGAGCAAAUGUAUGGCCAAAAGAAGACCGCAAUUCGUACUUACCAAGUAAUGAAGACAGUCUAUGGCAUUCGACAAGGGACCUCGUCUGUUGCAGAGUACUAUGGGGCUUUGAAAGCCAAGUGGGAAGAGCUUGACUAUCAUUCUGAUAUUCCUUGGCAUUGUCCCCAUGAUCAGGCGCUCUAUGUUGCUCAUGAAUGGGAAAACAGGGUGUUCCUAUUUUUAGCAGGUUUAAAUGAUGAGUUUGAAGGUGUUCGAAGCCAGAUUUUGAAUUCAGGGGAGGUGUCCAGUAUUGAAGAUGUGUACUCCUGUGUUGAAGCGGAAGAACAGAGAAGGCUUGUUACACAAGAAGGGAAGAGGGAACUUGUGCCCUAUAACGAGAGAUCUGCUCUCGUGAGUCGUGGUCCUGGCGGCCCAUCUAGGUCUCUUCGCCGGUGCACUCACUGCAAGAAGACAGGUCACACUGUGGAUUAUUGCUGGGAUCUUCAUCCAGAAAAGAAGGGGAACAGAGAGAGAUCUUUGACUGGGAGAACGCCUGUGUCUGAGGUGCAAGCCACCUCUAGUGGAGAAAAAGUCUCCAUUUCUGCUGACCAGCUUCGUGAACUAAGGGCUUAUUUGGGCAGACUCGAUGUCAACAAGACUGAGACCUCAGAGGGAACUACAGCUAAUCAUGCUCUUGCAGUUAUUGGCAAUCAAGGUAACUCUUCUGUGGGGGAAUGGAUUGUCGAUAGUGGUGCUACUCAUCACAUGACAGGACUUGGUGACAGGGAAGAGGAUUGGGAUUGGUUUAGCUUCUGAUGGAUUAUAUCGUCUUCCCAUACGUGUGGCUACUGCUCUGUUGACAGCGAUCCGCAAGACAGAUAAGAGAAGAGAAGAUUGUCUUCAGUCUUUUAUGUACUGGCAUGAACGUUUUGGGCAUUUACCUUUUGGGAUUUUGAAACAUUUGUUUCCAGACUUGUGUUCCUCCUUUGAUGUGUCUUCCAUUUCUUGUGAUGUUUGUCAGUUUGCCAAACAUGUGAGGGCUUCGUACCCUCUUUCUUCUAGUUGUGCUAAUGAAGC